UCGAUUAGUAACCGUCCGGUGCAUAUUUCCUCUCAAUCACCAAGUGUUCCUUAAACCACUCUGCAAUGGAGUCGGCAUCGGUAGAAGAAGCCACCGCCAACCAAACCCUCGAUGGAGCCAACCCCAAUUCCUGCACGAUGGAGUGCGAAGCACCGAGCGAAUCGUUCUCAAAUGAUACAUCACCCACCGAAGAUGAAAGCAUUACCACGGAUAGUGUUAGUUAUUACGCAAAUGCCAAAAAGUAUUGGUCCUCCGUGUCGCCAACCGUAGACGGCAUGCUGGGCGGUUUCGGUAGCAUCUCCUUCAUCGAUAUCCGCGGGUCGGAGCAGUUCCUGAAGCAUCUUUACAAGCAAAAGCCGGUACCGGGACGCCGGCGAGCGUUAGACUGUGGAGCCGGUAUCGGGCGGGUGACGCGAAAUUUGCUCGUUCCCGCCUUCGAACGGGUCGAUCUGGUUGAGCAAGAUGAAAUCUUUUGCCAGACAGCCCGAACGGGCCUAGCGGAUUGCGGCCCUAAGGUGGGCACCGUGUUUAACGAAGGGCUGCAGAACUUUACGCCCCAGGAGGCACACUACGAUAUUAUCUGGUCCCAGUGGGUGCUCGGGCACUUGACCGACGAGGACGUUGUGCAGUUUUUGCUUCGCUGUGCGAAAGGACUGACUAGAGGUGGCAUGGUGGUGGUGAAAGAAAACUUCACCUCCAACGACGAGGUGGACGCCGACCGGACAGACUCGUCCGUGACUCGGCCCCUGAUGUUGAUGAAGCAGCUCUUGAAAAAAGCAAACAUGCGUGUCGUCAAGGAGCAACGCCAAACAAGCUUCCCCAAGCAGCUUUACCCGGUAUACAUGCUAGCGCUGAAACCUGUAAUAAAGAAAUGA